AUGGAGACCCAGUUUGCGGCCACCGCCGACCUCUCGGCAAUCACCGACGAGGACCUGCUACGCAAAAUGUGGCAGCAGGCGGAGGACUUCUCGCGCAAGAAGGAGAUCCGGGCGUACAUGUACAAGCUGCGCGAGCAGCGGCUGAAGGACUUUUACGCCAGCAACGACAGCAGCCCGCCGUACUUCCUGAUGGAUAAUGCGAGCGCCACGUUCGGGUUGAAGAAGACGGGUGCGGUGACGGUGGGCACCCACGGCAAUUCGCUCGUCGACCAGAGCUUCGAGAGCUUCAAGACGAAGGAGAUCCGCGACUCGGAGAGCCCAACCAGAUUCGGCACUCCGGCGGCCAUCCCGUCCCCGGCGGACAGCAGAUCCGGCUGGCAGAUCCGAACGUCGGAGGAGGUGAGCGAGGACGGCAGGACGCACACGGUACGCAGCUCGGCCAGCACCGAGGGCACGCAGGAGCUGGACGGGGGUGCCGGCCGAGCCCGGUUCGCCGGACGGAGCGAGGAAGCGCACAGCGAGCGGUACGAGGAGGACCCCCGGAGCGGGGCCGCGGUCCGCAGUGCGGUCGCCCAGUCGGACACGUUCCUGGCGGAGGACCGCGUCAUCGCGGAGGAGGGCGAAGAUUGGCGCACCAGCGGCAGCACCCGUUCCGGGGCCGAGCCACUGGAGAUGGCUCCCCGGAAGCAGCUGUCGCAGGACCCGGAGCGCGUGCGCGAAGCGUUCCGGCUGGCGGGGCAGGGCGGCACGGUGGUCGAGCGCGAGGAGCAGCUGGUGAACGCGACCACGAGGAUGGUCACCGAGACGAAGCAGCUGGCCGACGGGACGACGGUAACGACGCGCACGUACGAGACGGUCGGCAGCGAAGCCGCGCAGGAAGUCGGGGUGGGUGGCUCGUCGGCGCCAUCGGCACCACCAGCAACCACCGCUUCCUGCGCCCACAAGAUCCUGGUGGAGGUGGAUGCGGCCCACGAGACGUUCGUCCGCUCGCUACGAUCGGUGUCCCCGGCCGGGACUGGAGCUGACCACCAGCGCAGCAGUCCUUCGCGCGAAUCCGACGCACCCAAUCGCAAGCCGGCAGCCUCGCCAGCUCCUGGUCCGACCACCGGCAACUACAUGCGCUCAACGAUCACGUCCGAGCGGAAGCAAUCACGCUCCGACGUCGAACCGGAUGGCGGCCGGGAUCGGGCGGGCAGCCCUCGAAAGGGCGCGAAGCCACCGCUCGUCCGCAGCGAAACGUACGAGGAGCGCUGCCGGAAGAUCCUCGGCAUGCCGGAAGCGGCCACGGGCAACAACGGCACCGCUGACCACACGGGCAGCAUCUUCAGCACCUACGAUAACACCGUGACGACGGCCGCUUCGUCGGCGACGAUCCAGUCACGCUCGGAGCAGCGCUCGGAGAAGCGACGCCAGCUCGAGCAGGAGAUUCGCUCGAUCGAGAGCGAAACCAUUGGCCGCGCGGCGAAGGUGGAGCCGUCGGACCCGGAGCCCGCCCGGGCAUCGCCCGCAGCGGACACCGGCAAACCGAAAGUGAAGGAUACCGUGGCCCGGAACGUGUCCGUCGCGGAGAUCACGAUCGUCCCGAUGAUGGAGGCCACGGUGGAGACCACGGGGGAGACCGUGCGCACCACCGUCACCAGCAAAGCGGCGACCUCCUCCGUGAAGCUGCUCACGAAGCAAUCGUCCGACGGCAAGUUCGAUCGGCGGCCGGCAGCGGGCGGCGCUGGGGGACCGCGACCCAUCAGCACCAAGAGCUCGUCCGACUUUGACGUGAAACGGCAAGCCGCAGGUGGUAAGCAGCAGGGGGAGGUGGCCGCACCGGUUCCGCGGAAUCAUCACAUCACGGUGGCCAAGAUCAAGAUCGAGUCGGUGCGGGGUGGACCCGUUAAGUCAUUGUCGCAACCGCAGCAGGCUGGCCGAGGACGGACUAGCACCACCACCACCAGCAGCACCGUCCGUGCCAAGCAGACAGCUCACCCCGAGCCGGCAGACUCAGAGUCGGACAAGGAAACAGGCGUGUCGGACAGCGAACCGGAGCCAUCGCCGAGUGUGGCGACGGAGGCGUCACGUCGUCGCCGUCCGCCGGCGGCCAUUACCGAUCGGAAGGACUCGGCCCCGGUCUACCGGACGACGGGUGCCCCCCGGGCAGCCACCGACAAGUGCUACACGCGCUCCUCGAGCGACAAUCAUCUUCGCACCACCACCACGACACCUGUCAGUGGCAGCCGCCCGGGUGCGAAGGUCCAAACUAGCAGCCGCCCGACGGCAGCGGCGGCACCGGUGAGCCGCGUUAGCAAGCCGGACCGACCGGUUAAGCACGUGGCAACGAAAACGAUCAAUCUGGCGACGAAGGUGACGCCACCGGGGGGCAGCAGAACCGCCACGCUCAGCUCCGAUCACCUGGACAACGUGGUGAUCGACAUCCAGCAGGCGAAAUCGUCCCGGGAACCGUCCCCGAACAAGCUGGUACCGAUCCCGGUCUCACCGGACGAGGAUACGGGCCGGCCCCGCUACCCGGAUGCUGUCCACGAGCCGGACGAUGGGGCGACCCUGGUGCCGGCCGCCAAGGUGAAGCACGUGCAGAUCUUCGACGAGGCAACGAACGCGUUCGUCGGUGGUGGUGGCGCCGACGGCGGAGGCUGCGAGAUCACCGAGGUGGAGGACCACGAGGUGCGGGCGCAGCGGGCGACACGCAUCACCAACCUGGACCGGGUCACCGAGGACGACGAGUCGCUGCUGAGCGUCACCGAGAAGGUGUCCAAGUUCGUCCAGGAGGCCCGCCGCCUUCAGGAUUCCGGCAAUUCCGGUGGUUCCGGUGGUGGUGCGAGCGCCGAGCGCCUGCGGUCCGUGGCGCGCCCCGACUACGGGAAGCUGGACGAGCACCUCCGGUCGGACGAGUGUCUGCUGAGCGUGUCGGACAAGGUGACCAAGUUCAUCUCGACCGCCGAGGAGGUGAAGAAGAUCCACACCUCCGGCCCGUUCGUAUUGACGACGACGGACGAGCUGGAGGCCGCCGAAACCUUCGUCGGCUCGCAGGACGAAGAGGUGGAAGAGAUGGAGCAGGAACCGGAAGCGGUCCGUGGGGCCGGAGUCAGUGAGAAGGUGAUCCGUUUCGCACCGCAAAAGUCGCCCGAGUUGGUGAAGAAUGCGAUGAAGAGCACCGCUACCGUUACCGGAGCACCGCGCCAGGAGGAGGAGGGCACUCAGCAGCAGCGUGGCGCCAGCAUUACGGACCGAUACCGGACGGCGACGGUCAGUAGCCCCGGUGCCGGCAGUCCGAUUACGUUGCGUAGCACCGACGCAGUGAAGAAGGCGAAGGAACUGUUCGAGAAGAGCGCCCACCAGCAGCAGCAGGAUGGGGGACGCUAUCAGCGCGACAUUCUGAACCGCUCGUCGGUGUGGGAGGAUCGCCGUCAGCGGCAGCAGCAGCAGCAGCAGCAGCAGCAGCAGCAGCAGCAGCAGCAUGAGGUCAAGCUGACAGACAUCGGUGUGUACCGGAAGAGUUCGGGGGCCAGCCCGGAGGACGUACCGGUGGCCGAACAGGAGCCAUGCGGAGCGGGCGACGGAGGUCGCCGCGAUAGUGGUGGCCCGGUAGUGCCAGCCGCCCAAGUACGGGCCGUCCCCGCCUACAUCCGGGACACGGUUUCCUCCAAGAAGGACCUCUUCGAGAAGCGCAUCUCCUCCUCGAAGCUCCAGGUCACCGACCCCGGAGUCCCGGAGGACGAACAGCGAGCGACGGUCGCUCGCAAAUCGUCGCUGAAACAGUCGCCCGCGCCAAUCGCCACCGAUGGUGGCCGUACACCGUCGUACAUGGCCCACACGGUGGCGUCACUCGAGCACAUCAACGCCAGCGUCCGGCGUGACUCGGUGGAUCACGGUGGUGCCCUGGUGGAAGCCCCCGCUCCAGUCGUUGCCGUGCCCAGCACCACCAGCAGCAGCAAGUUUGGGGUUGAGCUAAAGCGCCUAGAUGGCGGCAAUCGGAACACACCUGCGGUUGGCAGCACCACCGCAAAGCGCAAAGUAAGCGGGUCGGCCGCCCCCGCCACGGAUAGUGCCCCGGCCGUCGAGGACAACUGGGACCUGGAGGUGCUCGAGCGGUUGCUGGAGUCGGUGACGGGGUACGAGCAGCGGCGCCGCAUCCGUGCCCAGAUUCGGCUGGUGAAGAAGCAGAAGGACGAGCAGCAGCCGGCGCCGCCACCACCGCAGUCCGGCACUCGCUCUCGCCAGGGACAGGACACACGGGAUGGGAUGGGCACUGCCUCGGUGAAGCAACGGAAGCCAUCGGCGCCGGACAUCGGCACCACCGCACCCCCUGCGAAGGGCACCGCGGAUGAGGGGCGCGUCGUAACGAAGCACGCGGCGGUGUCGAAGGACGAGCGGCCAAUCUGGGCCACCAGCAACAUCCUGCGGAAGGCAUCCAGCACGACCGCCCGCAGCUUCCGGCAGCAGCAGUCGAAGGCAACGGCCUCAGAAUCGACGACGGCGACUACGACGACGACGGACUGUAUCACCUCCAGCUACGGGGUGGGGCCGACAGACGAGAACGGGCUGCCGCUGUUCGGGAUCCGGGCGCUCAAGAAGAAGCCAGCGCCGGCGACCGAGGUGAGUGGCACGAUCGUCACCGAGACCCUGCGCAGCGAGAACGGGGGGCCGGCGGUGGGUGAGCGGACCACGACACACUACUCCACGGCCGGCGGGAUGACGCCGCGCAGUCACCGACCCGCCGGGACCGGCCUGAUGGCGAUCAGCCGCCGUGAGAAGAUCACCGAGCCGGCGGCCGCCGAGGAGCCCCCGGCUCACCCGCCGGUGCGCAAGGUCGUCCGGAAGGGUUCGGUGAAGGAGCUGACCGAGCGGUUCGUGCACCGCGAAUCGUCGUCCUCGCUGCACCAGCAACACCCGAAGGCCGGCCUCAUACUGCGCUCGGCCGCCGCCGCCCAGAGCCAGUCGGCUAGCCGCGCCUCGACGCCGUCGGCUACGACCACCGACGGCUGCUUUUCGGUGCGGUCCAUCGACGACGACGAGCAGGAGGAGGUGGAGGAGGAGGAGUGCUUCAGCGAGCACGGUGACGGCGGUGAGCUGCGAACCACCUCCAGCUCCAGCCACCACCAGCAGCAGCAGGUGCGCUCAUUCCUCAACGACACCUCCAAGGUCACGAACGUGCAGGAUGUGCUCGAGCGGAUGCGCAACGCCGACAGCGUGACCGAGUCGGGUGACACGGCCGAGGACCGGGAGGCACGGGCCCUGCUCAACAAGUUCCUCGGUGCAUCCGUCCUGAUGAGCGGGGUCGAGUCGCUGAUCACCGCUGACGGUGGGGGUAGUGAACCGGCCGCCACCAAGAAGGUGUCGAAGGUAUCGUCCAGCAGCAGCACCACCACAACACGCACCGUUCGCGCUGGUUCCGGUUCCGCGGCAACACCAUCGGCCUCGGCGGCUGCCAUCAGGCAGGUGUCCAUCGACAACCUCGACCAAGUGUGGGACGAAUCCGUGCUUAAGCAGUUGCUGGAGCAGUCCACGAGCUACGACGAUCGGCGCAAGAUUCGGGCCCGCAUCCGGCAGAUAAUGGCCGAGAAAGAAGCAUGCACCGACAUCGUCGCCAGCGUCACCGCCGACCUGCAGCGGGAUCGCGCCCUGCACCAGCAUCAGGCAUCGGCCGCCAGCGCGGCAGCGGCAGCGUCCGCCAAUGGGGGGUUGCCACAGGGUGAGUCACUGCUGCUGUUACCGUUUCUGCAGGGCCUGCUACUUAGCAAUGCGGCCGCCCUCGGCUACCGUUUGCCGUUGAGCCUCGGGGCCCUCACCACCGGUCCGGCUGUUGGUAUCGGUGGAGGACCUAACGUUUGUACUAGUAGUGGUGGUGAUCUCGGUGCUGGUGGUAGUACUAGUAGUAGUGGUAGUAUUGGUAGUAGUGGUAACGCCAACCUGGCUAGAGAAGGUGCAGUAGGGACGACAACGACGACGACGGCGGCGGCGACGUCCCUGCUACCGGUCGAGGACUCGGGCACCGAGUCGGGCGAAGAUCUGCGGCUGUUGGCCGCCGGCCUCCACGACAACAUCGAGGCGGCGACGGCCGCAGCCCCCAUGGCCGCCCCGUGCUCGGUGCUGAGCGAAGUGACGGCCGCACUCGAGCGGCUACAGCUGACGCUGCGCGGGGAAGCGCCCGGCGUCCCCGACGUGAUGCAGCUUGACACCGAGAAGCGGCACGCCCUGCUGGCCCUCGUCGCCCGCCUACAGGAGGGUCUAGGGCAGCCGGAAGCGAUGGCGGCCGUGGCGGCGGCUAGAACGGCGGGGGUCGUCAGGGGCGAGGAAGCGGCCGGCGCCGGCGGUGGUCCCCGGCGGUCCUCAGAGGCACAGUUGGACGCCGGCCAAAACCGCCACCGAGCGGCUUUGGUGGCGGCGGCGGCCGUUCCGACAAGUUCACGAUUCGGCGGCGGCGGCGCCGCCGGCGGCUCGAAGCGUCGCACCAACCGCAGCAAUCGCCACACGGUGGGCGUUAGUCGUGAGGAGCUCGCCGAUGCGAGAAGGUUCAUCGAGGAGAUGGUGUUGGUGAACGGUACACAUCAGCCGGCGCCGGUGCCAACGCCUUCACAGCCACCGCCGCCGCUGCCAGCCGCCUCCACUGGUGCCUCCACGGUCAGCGAGAGGCCGCCCCUCCAGAAGCACCACUCACUCGUCGGCGGAGAGCCACCGUCGCAGCCGCCAUCGGAGCCGCCACCCGCCGCGUUUGCGAUGAAGCGCCCGAGCCAGUUCGUACCGAAGGAGAUGCAGAACGCCCAGACCGCCAUCGACAAGCUGGUGCUCCCGGCCGCCGGACCGCCACCGAAGGCCGUUGGCGGCCCGCCAACGGUGCCGCCGCGCACGGCCAAGCAGAAGCUACUUCUGAGCCGCCAGUCACUGAGCGUCGACCAGGUACCACCGCAGCCGCCCGCAGUGGCACCGGCGGCGGCCUCUAAACCACAGCCGCCCGCAGUAGCGCCGUCGCCGGCCGCCGAGCAGCAGUUCCGGAAGCCGACGCAAACGGCCGCCCAGCGGGCACUGGUCAAGAAGUACUCGUUCAACGACGGCUCCAGCUCGGAUGAGGAGCGCGGAACGAAACCGGCACACCGGAAGGCGGAAGAACAGCCGCCGGCGGCGGCGCCGCCGAGCAAAACGGCGGAGCAAGUGGUGCUGCGGAACAAGGGCACCACUGGGGCGCCACCUCCGGUGGUCAACACGGUGCAAAGGAUGGUCAACCGCGAGGUGAAACCGCAGCCGCCACAAGCCGCCGGACGUCGUCCGGCGGCCGUGGCGGCCACGGCGGCCACGGCGGCCGUGACGGCCCAGCGGGCUCGAGCGGAAGAUGGCAGCCACCACCAUCAUCACCUCAACAAAUACACGAGCAAGAAGUUGCGCAUGAAGCGCGCCAAUACGAUCGACAUCCCGAAGAAGCUGCUGCUGACGGGCGGCUAUGAUGACGAUGACAGCGAUGGGGUGCACGGUCGUACGGCGGAGCGCGGCACCUCCACCACCAGCGGCAAGGAGCACCAUCUAUCGCCGCCGGCUGUGACCGCGGCCGUGCAGCAGCCGCCGCGGGAGGUGCCGGACUUUAAGCCGCGCACCGAGAACGACCUCAAGUUCAUGGCGUUCCUACAGCGCCAGGGGAAGCAGGGGCAGACGCGCCAGGGGUGGAGCAAUCCGGUGCCGCCGCGCGAGCCACGUGCCGGCUCCAGCAACUGGACGAACAAGUUCGACCACCUGAAGAGCAACUUCGAGCAGUCGACGGCGGCUGCGGUGGCGGCGGCUGAGCGGCGCAGCCUCUCGGAGCUGCCGCCGCGGCACGGAGCGCCCAAAGCGUCGGCGAUGCAGUUCUGGCGGUGCCGAGCCGGAAGCGGCUCGUUCGAUGACCUCGCGCAGCAGCCGCCGAGAGCGAGCGCUUCGUCCAGCUCUUCCACAAAGCCGUCGGCGGCGCCGCCACCGGUGGUGGUUACCGAAGGGCGGCUCGUGCUGGGAAAAAGUGGGGGGACCGGGGGAGCCGCUGCUGGCGGCCAGUCGAUCAACCAGUUCUCGCACGCACCCGCCUCCGUCUUCAAGCCGAUACCUCGCAAACUGGCGGCGGCUGUGACGGCGGCUCCCGAGUCCCACGCAAAACCCCCGCAAACCGUCGUCAAGCCGAUCCCGGCGCACGCCCCGCACUCGACCGGGCUCGUCAAGCAGCUGGUAGCCGCCGGUUUCCACGAGACGGCGGCGGCCGUCAAACCGGAGCCGCUCAAUGUGCAGCUCGGCCUCGUCCGUUCGCUAGCCGCCCAGGGUUACCAGGAGCUACCGUACGUGCCGCCGGCGCGACUCGAGCGCACGCCGACCCACAACGUGCUCAACUAUCGCCCACGGCCCGACGCGGCCGGAAGCGAGCCGCCACCGUCAGCCGCCCCGUGGGCGGCUAAGAAGGGCCCAGCCGAGGGAGAGCCGCCGGUGAGCGGAAGCCGCGUGGCCAGCAUCGCGUCCACCAAGUUCACCGCCAACUCGUUCGGGCACAGCAAGGCAGCGGCGUUACCCGCGCAGCCGCCCCUCACGUACCACGGUUCGCUCAAGUACAACGAGAAGCCGCUGGCCUAUCAGGCGACGGUGGGCGGCGGCGAGAAGCGGCCAUCGUUGCCGGACGUGUCGACGGUCGUCGCGUACACGUUCACCGACUACACGCAGCCCACGUCCGUGUCGACGUUCUCGCUGCUGAACCGCAGCGACUCCCUGACCAACCCGGACAACGAGCCGCUCGUCCUGACCAGCUUCAACUCCGUCUUUAGCCCACCGUCGAAACAGCCGCCGCCCUCAGCCGCCGUCAGCUAUCUGGCGGUGAACGUGGACCAGCGCAGUUCGUCGUCGCACUCCGCCGCCAACGAUGGCGACGAUGACGAGGACGACGACGACGAUGAUGACGACCUGGAGUCGGUCGACUCGCACGAGAUGCCCCGAGCCGUCUCGAAGGUCAUGCAGCUUCCCGUCAGCCAGCAGGCGGUCUACAGUGGGCCCACACGUCAGCCGCCGCCCGCGGCGGCGACGGCGGCUAAUCUGGCCGUUCGGGAGGGCCGCGGCUCGCUCAUCGCCCAGAGCCUGCAGUCGACGCUGAAGAAGCUCAAGGACAAGAGCCCGACCCCGCCAUCGUCCAUCAGCCGUCAGCCGCCGCCACCGCAACAGCCGCCGUAUCGGCAGGUGGCGGCGGCGGCGCCGCCCCACGCCAUCUACAAUAACGUUAGUCAGCAGCAACCCUUGGCACGGGCCCGCUCGAGCCACACUCUAACGGCGGCGGCGACGGGGGCGGCAGUGCUGCGCGACAAGAGCACCCUUCUCGCGGGCGGCUCACGACCGGCCGCCGUACGCCCCGUUUCGUAUGCGAUGGGUCCGAUCGGCGGUGGCGGCUACUAUGGUGCGGGCGGCUAUCAUCCGCAGCCGCAGGCCUACCACUACCAGCAGCCAACACGAGGCGGCGGCAACAUGGUACCGCAGUACCGAACGCCCCUGGCCCCAACGGAGGCCGUCGGUGCGUAUCAGUUCGGUGGCGGUGGCGGCGGCGGCUUACUCCGCAGCCGCACGAUGCCUCACAUACCGCUCGGCAGUCUGGCCCUGCUCGACGAGAACAACGUGGAGGACGCGUUCGAGGAGCUCAUGAACCAAUCGUUCGCGGUCUAA